AUGAUGAGUGAUGACGAUCGCGAUAUUGAUAUCGAAAGUGAUGCUGAAAAUGAUUCCGACUCUCGAACUCACGCUAGAAGUAGUUUAGGUGGAAGUGGAUAUUAUUCUCAGGCUGAAAAAAGAGCACACCAUAAUGCCUUAGAAAGAAAAAGGAGAGAUCACAUAAAAGAUAGUUUUACAUCUCUCAGGGAUUCAGUGCCUGCACUACAGGGGGAAAAAGUGGCCAGCAGAGCCCAGAUAUUGAAAAAGGCAGCUGAAUAUAUACAGUUUAUGAGAAGGAAAAACAAUGCACACCAACAAGACAUUGAUGACUUGAAACGACAGAACAACAUUCUGGAAACUCAGAUUAGAGCAUUAGAGAAAGCGAGAGCUACAGGAAACUAUAUGGAUGCACAUGAACUAGGACUAGGUAUUAAAGCUGAAGACAGUUCACACGACACAGAUAGUUCAGAUGGUGAGGGAACAACGAGACGUGUGAAAAAACUUAAAAUAAACAGUGUUAAUGUGUAA